AUGCGGCGCGCACCGGGGCCGCUGGCCGCGCUGCUCCUGCUGGCGGCCGCAGCCGCGCGCGCCGGGCCCAAAGUGACGCCCGGCCUGAAGGACACGAGGACGAAGCCGCCGCCGGCCGAGGCUGCCGCCCCCCUGGCGGGGAAGGGGCCCGUGCUGGAGGCCCCGGGCAGGGCCAGGCCGGGCACCCCGAGCGCYGCCACCACGUCGGCGCCCUUGGAAAACUACACGCUGGACGCGGCCGAUUUCUUCUUUAACUGCUGCGACUGCUGCCCGCCCGUGCCGGGCCGCGCGGGGGAGCGGGGCGAGCCCGGCCUGCCAGGUCCCAAAGGAGAGAAGGGCGAUGCUGGUCUGCGAGGUCUGCCAGGAACGCCAGGACCUCAGGGUCCGAAAGGUGGUAAAGGAGAAAGAGGUGGUAAAGGGGACCAAGGCGAGCGCGGAGCCAACGGCACGCCAGGUUAUCCAGGCAAACCUGGAGUACAGGGGGAAGCUGGAGCCAAAGGCAAUAAGGGCGGCUACGGCCUCCCGGGACUGAAGGGCCAAAAGGGCAGCAAAGGGGAYGCUUGUGAGAACGGCACCAAAGGAGCCAAGGGAGAUCAGGGGGAUCCYGGCGUGCCGGGGCUGGAUGGAGACCAUGGGAACAAGGGGGAGAAGGGCGACAUCGGGGAGAAGGGGUAUUGUGGGGAGCCAGGAGGGAGAGGGGAGAAGGGCGAGAGGGGGGACGGGGGCGCGAAGGGAGAGAAAGGCAGCAAAGGAGAGACAGGGGUGGAGGGUACCCAAGGGAUGGACGGAAAACARGGAGAAAAGGGCGAGCAGGGAAGUAAGGGGGAAAAGGGGGACCUGGGGCCUGCUGGCGUGAUGGGACCCUCGGGGCCCAAAGGCAACGCUGGCAGCCGGGGGGGCCGGGGGGCUCCUGGCAGGAAGGGCUCGCGGGGGGCGAAAGGGACGCGGGGCGACCGCGCGAAGCUGCCRCGCUCGGCCUUCAGCGCCGCCCUCUCCAAGCCCUUCCCUCCGCCCAACGCCCCCGUCCGGUUCGACAAGGUCCUGUACAACGAGCAGCAGGAUUACAACCCCGGCACGGGCAAGUUCAACUGCAGCGUGCCCGGCGCCUACGUCUUCGCCUACCACCUCACGGUGCGGGGGCGGCCGGCCCGCGUGAGCCUCGUGGCCCGGAGCCGCCGCGUCGCCAGGGCCCGCGAGACCCUCCACGGGCAGGAGAUCGACCAGGCCUCCCUGCUGACGGUGCUGAGGCUGCGCGCGGGCGACCAGGUGUGGCUGGAGGUGGCGCGGGACUGGAACGGGCUCUACGCCAGCGCCGAGGACGACAGCGUCUUCACGGGCUUCCUCCUGUACCCUGAUGACGGCCCCGAGAUGCUGCUGUAG